CAUUUCCAAGAGUGAUGGCGCUGCAGUCGCACCGCGCACAGGCGCAGGCAGGCUCACAGUCUUUACGGCGAAAAUAAUAGCACUUGGUCAGCGCGCCGUCGUUAGAGCCCUGUGAAGAUGCCAGAAUUGACGGAACUUGACAAGGCAGCCAGCUCGGAGCCUACUAAGGUGGAGCUGGUGGGUAUCGGUUCAGCGACUGAUUCAGAUUCAGAUGACACGAUACCUGAAUUGGAAGAUGCUGGCACUCCCGGUACUGUCAGCUUCCCCGGCACAACUGUCACUGGACUUCCAAUUGAUAUGGUUUCCAAAGCUAAACAAAGCCGUGGCGAGAAGAAGGCUAGGAAACUGAUGAGCAAGUUGGGAUUGAAGCCGGUGCAAGGAGUCAACAGAGUCACUAUUCGUAAAUCAAAGAACAUUCUGUUUGUUAUAAAUAAACCAGAUGUCUUGAAGAAUCCAGCUUCAGAUACCUACAUAGUGUUUGGCGAAGCUAAGAUUGAGGAUCUCAGUCAGCAAGCUCAAGUGGCAGCUGCUGAAAAGUUCAAGGAACCACCAGUUGUACCAGCGACCGAAGCUGGUGGUAGCACUACUGUUGUUGCCCCUAUACAAGAGGAAUCUGAGGAAGAAGUGGAUGAAACAGGCGUGGAGGAGAAGGACAUUGACUUGGUGAUGUGUCAAGCCAACGUUUCACGAGGGAAAGCUAUUAAAGCUCUUAAGAAUAAUCAAAAUGACAUUGUUAAUGCUAUCAUGGAAUUGACAAUGUGAUGAAGCUGCUUAGAAGUAGGGUGUGCUACGUGAUAGCUCGCGUUGUGAAGUGAUAAUUUUCAGCCGUACGUUAUCAGAAGGUACCACUUCUUUUUAUCUCAUUACCCUGAAUGAAAUAAUCAUGACGUUGUGAGAAAAUUGGUCAUAUGGGUGUAUUGUAUUAAUUGAGCUCGAAAAACUGAAUCGACAUGUAUAUACAUAAUUCAUGUAAAAGAAAGAAAAUAAAUACAUUAAGAUCACAGCAUA